AUAAGUUGUCUUUACUUUCGUAUAUCUUGCGAUUUACGAUUGGCGCGACGUCGUAAACAUAUGCAGUGACGUCAUAUGAACGUUCGUUUGAAAUUUUGACGUCAUAGCUGUUUCUGUUAUUGUUUACCAGCGGACAACUGAGAACCGUUGCUCUUGGAUAUUUAACAAAAAAUGACGUCCACGGAUUACGCGGACCAUCGGAAUAUCAUCAAGUUUUGUGUUAAUCUUGGGAAGACGCCAACACAGACGCAGGAAAUGUUGGAGACUGCAAAAGUGAGACCUCCUUUUUGUCGAUCACUCGUUUUCAAGUGGCAUAAGCGUUUUCGAGACGGCCGAGAGGACAUUGAAGACGACAAGGGUCGUGGGAGCAAGUCAACGUUGACUGAGGCGUCAAUUAAGGAAGUCAAGGACGUCAUAGAUCGGGACAGGCGUUACACCAAGGUCAAUGCUGAGUACUAUUCAAGGGGCGGUGUACGACCAGUUGAUAUAUCGCACCAUAGGUGUAUUGAGUUUGGCGGCGACUAUGUUGAGAAAAACUGACAUUCGAUGCCACGCAUUUAUUAACAACUAGCGACACCACCGGAAUGACGUAACGUCGGAAUGGACUGCCCCGCACCCGCUACCCCUUGUCGCAUUACCCUGCCCACAUACACUGAUCCAGUUGCCGGACAACUUUGACAUUUUUUGUACUAAUGCAAUAAAGUUGCAUUUUGUUCAUGUUAAUUUUGUUUGUUUUUAUUUUCAGUAGUUUUUAAGUAACAGCAAAAGUCCACGUAAUUCUGGGACACCCCUCGUAUUUGUUUAAUUCAUAAACAGUAUAUAGGUAAGGGAAGAUGAUUGUAUUGUUGCUAAAGGAAUGUGUUAAAGGGUACAAGAAUCUUAAUGUUGUUAGUGAAGAUAAUUGUGUUGCUGCAAAAGGAAUGUUAAAGGGGAAGAGGCACUAGGUGGUCAAUAUUUUAAGUGGAGAUAAUUAUGUUGUUAGAUACAUGUCCUUGAGGAUUUUGAAAAAGGUCGAUAUGACGUUUCUUGUAUCAUACUGGUCAAGGGAAGAAAAGUGUGUCACAAAACAAAGA